AGGAGCGCGCCCUCGCUCUUUCUUUCUCUCGUCCUGAAGAUGGCGGCAGGGACUCUGUACUCGUACCCAGAGAACUGGCGGGCGUUCAAGGCCCAGAUUGCAGCCCAGUACAGUGGCGCUCGCCUUAAGAUCGCCAGCAGCUCCCCUGCCUUCACCUUCGGGCAGACGAACCGCACUCCUGCCUUCCUCAGCAACUUCCCCCUGGGCAAGGUACCAGCCUACCAGGGAGAUGACGGGUUCUGUCUGUUUGAGAGCAAUGCCAUUGCUCAUUACCUGAGCAAUGAGGCCCUGCGUGGUGCCACUCCCCAGGCCGCAGCCCAGGUGCUGCAGUGGGUGAGCUUCACUGACUCUGAGAUCAUCCCACCAGCCAGCGCAUGGGUCUUCCCCACCCUGGGAAUCAUGCAGUUCAACAAACAGGCAACAGAGCAGGCCAAGGAGGACAUGAAGAAAGUCCUGACAGUGCUGAACCAACACCUGAGCACCCGUACCUUCCUUGUGGGAGAGAGGAUCAGCCUAGCAGACAUCACUGCGGCCUGCUCCAUGAUCUGGCUCUACAAACAGGUCCUUGAGCCUUCUUUCCGUCAGCCGUACCCCAACGUGACCCGCUGGUUUGUCACCUGCGUCAACCAGCCCCAGUUUAAGGCGGUCCUCGGAGAGGUCAAGCUGUGUGAGAAGAUGGGCCAGUUUGAUGCCAAGAAGUUUGCAGAGAUGCAGCCCAAGAAAGAGUCCGCCCCUAAGAAAGAGAAGGCACCAAAAGAGGCAGCCAAGCCCCAGGAGAAGAAAGAGAAGAAAAAGGAAGAGAAAAAGCCUGAGCCAGAAGAGCUGGAUGAGUGUGAUGUUGCUUUGGCCGCUGAGCCCAAAGCCAAGGACCCCUAUGCACACCUGCCAAAGAGCGCAUUUGUUAUGGAUGAGUUCAAGAGGAAGUACUCCAACGAGGACACACUGACAGUAGCCCUUCCCCACUUCUGGGAGCACUUUGACAAAGAGGGGUAUUCCAUCUGGUACGGCCAGUACAAAUUCCCAGAGGAGCUUACAUUGGCGUUCAAGAGCUGCAACCUUAUCACAGGUAUGUUCCAGCGCCUGGACAAACUGAGAAAGACUGCCUUUGCUAGUGUCUGCUUGUUUGGCACCAACAAUGACAGCGCCAUCUCUGGUCUGUGGGUCUUCAGAGGCCAAGAGCUGGCUUUCCCUCUGGCUCCAGACUGGCAGAUCGACUAUGAAUCAUAUGACUGGCGCAAGCUGGAUUGUGACAGCGAGGAGUGCAAGCUCAUGGUGAAGGAGUACUUUGCCUGGGAGGGAGACUUUAAGCAUGUGGGUAAAGCCUUCAACCAGGGCAAGAUCUUCAAGUGAAAAGGACUCUGGGACAGGACGGUGUAAAGAAAGCACUCAGCGCUUCAAAACUUAAACCUAUGGACUUUCAGCCAACACGUGCUUACUUAUCUUCAAGAACGACUUGGAUCGACAGUGUUUAAAGACAAAUGAAAUAUUUCAGUGGCCCCAAACUGGUUUUUUGUUCAACCUGUGAAAUAAAGCAUUUUCCAUAAUGCAAUCUGUGGGA